CAGUAAGUGGAUUCUGCCGCUUUGUGUUCGAGUCGUGGAGCUGGAAUACUACUUUUGUACAUGCUGUAAGGCGCGCCACUACUGUCUCUCAACUAGAUACAUUCUGCAUGCGGAGGAAAUCACAUGGGGGUUUCUUUCCGUUCGAUCGAGACCUUUUUCCACGCUCAGGACCGUCCGAGUGCAAAGUCGAUGAUCCAUCAACCUCUGUUGAAUUUGGACGCACGCAUUGGGUUGGGUGAAGCUGGUUGGUGGGAUGGUGAUACCACGGCAUGUGAAGAAGUUGGAAAGAAUCAAGAGGGUCUGUUCCAGCGGCAUGGCUUCAGCCCCUGGGGGGGCGCAAAGCAAGCAAUGCCCGAAUCAUCUCCGACCCAUUCCAUUCACACUAGUCUCUCUGAGACGAGACGAGACGCCUUGUGUGAUUCCUCGUCUCCAUCGGAGGUGUCAUCUGUCCUCGCAUGGUGACUGGUGAGAUUGACCAGUAAAAAUUAUCCGAAU